AGCCAACUUAAUAAAUACGCUAAUACGUACCGUAUGAAAAAGGGAAGAAGACCAAGUUGCAGUUUCUCUUGUGAAUCAUCAUCAUCCUUCACCAACCCAAUACUUCUGUUGGCUUCCUCUUCAAUACCUUCUCCGUUAGCAAAAGAGGUACUUAGUAAGAAUCGGAGAUGGAUUAUGUGCAGAGAAAAGUGAACAAUUUAGGCAAAAAAGUUGCUACUUUCCCUCAUGUUGAAACUAUUGGAAGAGCUCUAUUUGCCUCAUCCUUCUUCCUCUCUGCUUGGCAUGAUUACAUGGAGCUCAGAUCCAAUUGGGAAGGAGCAGAGGAUUAUUGGAGACCAAAGUUCGGCUAUUCAGGAGACCAGAUUAAGCAUCUUAUGGCAGUUAGUAUCAUAGUGAAAACGCUUGGUGGACUUAUCUUCAUCUAUGGCAGCUUCUUUGGAGCUUUCCUCUUGCUUCUACAACAAGCCAUUGCUACAAUGAUACAUCAUGAUUUCUACAGCCAUCGUAUUGACACUGAGGAGUUUGGAUUGCUUUAUCUCAAAUUCAAAAGGGUCCUGAACGAAACGAUGUCGUACAAUACAGCAAACAAUUUCUACAAGUCAAACUUUGACGAGCAGCAAGUUGAGCAAGUCAUAUCAAAAUUCCGCGAGCUUGCCGACCACGCAGUUACAAACCCUGCCUUGUUCGGUCAUAACGAGUUUUUCCGACAUCUCUUAAGCUUCCUCAAGGCAUUGGCCGUAGUUGGAGCGUUGCUAUUUUUCUUGACUAUGAAGCACAAACUCAACAAAGCCAAGAAGGAAUCCAAAGUUAAAACUGACUGAAACUAAGAAAUGUUCGGAUCAUCUUUCUUUCUUCACAGAUUAUCAUGUCAUUCCCUUUUGUCUUUAUAUAUGUGUUAUCUAAAUAUUCUUCUUUUUUUUGUUUUUUUUAUCUAAAUGUUAUCUAAAUAUUCG